AUGCCAGGAUUGCUCAACAAGAUUUGCCCCGAGAACGUCGCCUCCAUCAUCGAGAAGAUUGCGGCCAUCGAGGUCCAGGACAUCAAGCAGCUGGAGGCCAUCAUCGAGCUCAUGUUCAAGAAGGCAAUCACCGAGCCUCACUACUGCGAGACCUAUGCGGACAUGGUCUUCAGUCUCAAGGCUGUGUACCCAUCGUUCCCAUCACCAGAUGGCGGCAAGCCGAUCACAUUCAAGGGGCUGGUCCUCAAUAUCUGUCAAAAUGAGUUUGAGGAGCUGCUUGCAUCCAACGACAUCAGCGCAGAGCAGAAGGCCAAACUUGAUGAAGAGGAGCUCGAGUACAUGCGCAAGAAGCGCAAGGACCGCAUGCGCGCGAACAUGAAGUUCAUUGGCCACCUGUUCCUGCGUCAGCUGCUGUCCGCCAAGGUGAUCGGAAGCGUCAUUUGCGAGCUGGUGCUCUGCGAGCAGGUGGAUGACCUCCCCGAGGAGCAUGCACUGGAGUGCGCGUGUGAGCUGCUGCUGGCGAUCGGCUACACCAUGGAAAACAUGAUUGCCGGCCAGUCUGCACUCACGUCUGUGUGCGGCCGCUUGAAGGAGCUGAUGAAGC